UAGCUUUAUUAGUUUUUGAUUUAUUAGCUGUUAUUAUUUAUUUAUUUAUCAUUAUGGAUGGGAGAGAUUUUAAUUGGAAGUUUUUGUAUGAACGUUUUGGUGAUCUUAACGAUUACAAGACAAUUGUGCACACUGCAGACAAGAGAUAUAUGAGACGUAACUAUAUGCUUCAGGCCACAUUGACUUUUAUGGUAAGUGAAUUAAUGGAUGCAAAACCCGAUGAUGGCAUUCGGUUCAUAAUAAAUUUGUUUCAUGAUCGUAAAAAAUUGCGAUAUUCUAUGAAGAAGGUAUAUGCCAUUUUUAAAGACCUCCUUAAAGAAGGCCAAGGUGUUAUGUCUGAUGAAACUGAACGUGAUUUAUAUUCCGCCGUUUUUCUUGGUUAUGACGAAUUUUUGGAUCAAGAGAUUAAUUGUUCAAAUUCGAAUUUAACUGACGAAAUAGAAGAAGAAGAAGAGGAAGAAGAAGAAAUACAAUAACUAACUGAAAAUGCGGAGGAUGCAAAAACCGAACUGAUUAUCUUGAAGUAGACAACCAAUAAAACAAUUUUUUUUCAAUGUAAUUAAUAUCGAAAUAGUUUCCUAUGUACUAAAUUUUUGGUAACGAAAUUUUUAUUAAUAA